AUGAAGAAAUGUUUGCCGGGCUAUGACAAUGAUUGGGCCUUCUCAUUAUCACCUUCUUAUCUCAUGCACGUAGAUAGAAUCAUAAUGGGCGAGUUCAUGAGAAUUCCAAGUGAGGAAUCACUUUCAGAUACCUCCCCAUUAAAAUCCAAAUACGGGAGGUCUGCUACCGACUGCUAUACGUCACCACCGACUGCAAGUGAUCCAUAUAGGUACAUGCUGGGAUUUGGAAAUUUAUUUGUAUCCGAAGCAGUACCAGGAACUCUGCCAGAAGGAGGUCGAAAUGUGCCCCAGAGAUGUGCUUUUGGUCUUUAUUCGGAGCAGUUGAAUGGUACAUCGUUCAUAUCGUCGCGACAGACAUUGCAACAUGUAUGGAUGUAUCGCAUACGACCGUCGGUGGCGCAUCGCCCGCUACAAUGCAUGGCGGCGAACGACGAUAUUGAAGCUUGCUUCUCUCCCUCAAAUCAGUGCAUAAAAUAUACUCCUCUUAGCUACACCUGGGGUCCUCUCGAAAUUCCAGAAUCAAUGACCCGAACGACAUUCUUAUCUGGACUGAAAACAAUGGGUGGCCAUGGUGACCCAACUAACAAAGAAGGAAUAGCAAUCCACAUGUACGCAGCAAACGCGAGUAUGGAAAACGAGGCGUUUUGCAACAAUGAUGGCGACUUUUUGAUUAUACCAAGUGAGGGAGCUUUAGAUAUACAAACCGAGCUCGGGCGAAUGAUGGUUACUCCUGGUGAAGUCUGUGUCAUUCAAGCUGGUAUUAGAUGGAAGGUUAAUCUACCACGUGGCAAGGCAAGGGGCUAUGUGCAAGAGAUCUUUGGAAGCCAUUAUGAAUUGCCUGAGCUCGGUCCCCUGGGUAGCAAUGGAAUGGCGCUUCCUCGGGAUUUUGAAACACCAGUGGCGAGUUUUGAUAUCGACGAGACAAAGUGGACUAUAAUUCACAAAUUGACCGGAGACUUGUUCAGUUAUGAACAGGCCUGGACGCCCUUUGAUGUAGUGGCAUGGCAUGGAAAUUAUGCCCCAUACAAAUACGAACUUUCGAAGUUUGUUUCGUUCAACAGCACGUUGAAAGAGCAGGUGGAUCCUACGAUACACACUGUCCUAAUGGCUAGGUCAAAAAUACCGGGGGUGUCUUUAACAGAGUUUGCUGCCUUUCUGCCUAAAUGGCAAACGAGUACCAACACCUUCCGUCCUCCGUAUUAUCAUCGCAACAUGGCAACUGAGAUUGGCGGUUUGAUAUACGGCCAAUACGGCGGAAGUUCAAGAGAGCAGGUCGCUGGAGGGUUGACACUAGAGAACAGUUAUAUGCCACAUGGAGAGUCCUACGAAGCAUGGGUGAAGGCAACAACCGAACCUUUGGAGAAUGUUUUGGUUGGACAAGACAGCCUGGGUUUCAUGCUUCAUAUUAGCUCGCAUUUCUCGGUCACCAAUUUUGCUAUGGAACGACACAACUGCAUCCGUCCACAGCGGGCUGCAUUCUGGGACAAUGUCAAAGGCCCGUUUCUUGACCAUAUUCCAGCUAUCAACAAGAUAUUGCAGGAGCAGGGACUUGCUCCUUUGGGAACACCUCAGUAA